UGUCACUUUUGUGCCGUCAAAGUAAGUAAUAAAUAGUGUAACAGUCACUGCGCAUUACAUCCAUGAAAGAAGACUUACUUUACUCAGUCAAGCGGUCAGUCCUCAAAAGAAUUAUUUUUGCUUUGACUUGUGUUCUGCUUAUUGCCAUAUUCGUCUUAAUUACCUCAAAACUCCCUUGCUCCUCUCCGCUAGAAACUCCCCUCAACAGAAGAGUGUUACUGGCAACCGCCACUAACUCGUGCACCGACGUUGUAUCGGGGGAAUAUCCAAACGAUUUGUUUGACCUUUGUCAAAGGAGACAAGGUGCUGUAGUACUACACAUUGUGGGAGUCUUGUACAUGUUCGUGGCUCUCGCAAUUGUGUGCGACUCAUUUUUUGUGCCUUCCCUCGAAGUAAUCAUCGAAAAGCUGGGAAUAAGCGAGGAUGUCGCUGGAGCCACAUUCAUGGCCGCAGGUGGAAGUGCUCCCGAACUCUUUACUUCAAUCAUUGGAGUAUUCUUGGCAAAAAGCAACGUGGGAAUCGGGACCAUCAUUGGGUCGGCAGUAUUCAACAUUUUGUUUGUAAUCAGCAUUUGUGCUUUGUGCAGUCUGACUGUCCUGUCGCUGACUUGGUGGCCGCUAUUGAGGGAUACCAGUUUCUACAUAAUCUCCCUGGUCAUGCUCAUUGUUUAUUUCACGGACAAUCUCAUUUACUGGUGGGAGGCCCUCACUCUUUUGUGCUGGUAUUUGGUCUACGUGCUUUUUAUGAAGUACAACUCACAAAUUGAAUUUUUUUUCAAAACAAAAAUCCUAAAACAACCACAGGACAUCCACCAAAAUCCACCUCUCGAAAUACGAGUACUGUUACUUAUCUAAGCAUAGAACUCUGUCGUAUUUAUGCGGGAAAGUGUCGCCCCACACAGACUAUCCCUCCUGAUCGGCU